UUACAAAGAACCCUCCUUUGGGGAGCUGGAAUCCUAUCCUACAGAGAGGCGGGGACCAAAGCCAUUCAGCCAGUCCCCAGAUAAUCCGGAGACCUUGGGAGCAGAACUUAAGAGGGUUCGUGGAGACAGCUAGGGCGAGAAGGACUCUCUCAAAGAGGGAAGAGGCCAGCCAAGAUGAACCGAUGGUCCAGUUACCUAUUAGGGUGGACGACCUUCCUCCUCUAUUCCUAUGAGACACAUGGAGAUAAGAAGGAGACAUGUGUCUUUCCCUUCACCUACAAGGGGUCUGUUUACUUCACUUGCACCAAAAUAGGGAGCUUGUCCCCUUGGUGUGCAACCAGAGCGGUGUACGAUGGCAGAUGGAAGUACUGCAUGACUGAAGAUUACCCGCGAUGCAUCUUCCCCUUCAUCUACCGAGGAACGUCCUAUGGCAGCUGCAUCACAGAGGGCAGCUUGUUUGGAAAGCUCUGGUGCUCAGUCACGUCCAGCUUUGACGAGAAGCAGCAGUGGAAGUUCUGUGAAACGAAUGAGUAUGGGGGCAAUUCUCUCAGCAAGCCCUGCAUCUUCCCCUCCAGCUACAGAAAUAAUGUGGUCUUUGAAUGCAUCGAGGAUGACAACUACAAGCUCUGGUGCCCCACCACGGAGAACAUGGAUAAGGACGGAAAGUGGAGUCUCUGUGCCGACACCAGAAUUUCCUCAUUGGUUCCUGGCUUUCCCUGCCACUUCCCAUUCAAUUACAAAAACAAGAAUUAUUAUAACUGCACUAACAAAGGAUCCAAGGAGAACCUUAAGUGGUGUGCGACUUCUUACAACUAUGACCAGGACCACACCUGGGUGUACUGCUGAUGCCACGGGAGAGGAGAAACAUCUUCAGAGCAAGACUGCAGUACGGAGGCCGGAACAUGCUUCAUUUUUCUCAUCUCGUCUUUCAAGCUUAAACAAUCACCUUUAGAAACACCCUCUCCCCCAUCUCCUUUAAUCACCUGGUCCUUUGUGAAGAGCAUAGGGAACAUGUGGCGUAAGCACCAAUAAAGGAGUCUUAAAUUAA